AUGGCAGUUCAGUCCAGCUUUCCAGCUUUGCUGGAAUCACUCACACAAGCCUUGGUCUCUGCUACGGAAUCGAUAGAGAGGACAGCGUCGCCAAUUCCCGUAAAAGAUGGCAUUUCACUGCUGGAUGUGAAAAACGAGCUGUUCCUAUCCUACCUACAAAAUCUGGUGUUUCUCAUCGUGCUCAAACUGCGCAAUCGCAAAACGACCAAUUCUUCUUCUUCAGACGAAGAGACGGAAGACUUGGACAACUCGGUGGUCAAGAAGUUGGUCGAGUUGCAGGUGUACUUGGAAAAAGGUGUGCGGCCGCUCGAGGGGCGAUUGAAAUAUCAAAUCGAUAAGGUUUUACGUGCAGCGGACGAUGCGAAGCGGGCCGAAGAUGUCGCUGGGAAGGCAAAACUCAAUGUCAAGCAAGUAAAAAAGAUUGUUCGGGAAGAUGACUCCGAGGACGCUUCAUCAGAUGACAGCGACGCUGCGUCCACAAAUGGCGCACCAUUACUCGACGCAAACGAUAUUGACGACCUACAAUAUAGACCAAACCCAACGUCUCUCAUGCGACCAACCAAUGCGACGGAAGAAGAUACUGGCAAAUCAGAAAAUGAUGGUGUUUACAAACCUCCUCGCAUACAGGCUACUUCCAUGCCAACCACAACCACCCGUGAAAAGGCAGAGAGAAGGCCGAACAAAUCAGCAACCUUGGACGAAUUCGUCAGUACAGAAUUAUCUGCAGCGCCAUUAGCAGAACCAAGUAUUGGAUCUACCAUCACAGGUGGCGGCCGAAGAAGCAAGAGUGAACGGGAAAAGAAGGAAGAGGCUGAGAGGAAGGAGUACGAGGAAAGGAAUUAUGUUCGCCUACCUAAAGAAAGUAAGAAGGAACGUGCGAAGAAGCAAAAAGGAAGGGAUGCUGGUUACGGUGGUGAGGAAUGGAGGGGUCUGGGAGAAGGGAUUGACAGAAUUGAACGACUCACUCAAAGGAAAGCAGGUGAGGGAAGAAGUGUGUUGGAUAAAAGUCGGAAGCGACCUACUGAGGAUGGUCCCAAGAGCAGCGGUGCAGACGUUGGACAAGGAUUCCAGAAACGGCUCAAGACUCUUGAUGGAGGGAGAAGGGAUAGAGGAAGAAAAUCGCAAGGAUAA